GAGAGAGAGAGAGAGCGAGAGCUUCAUCCCCCUCUGACCGCCCACACUCCGGGGGGAGAAAGUGCUGCUUUGUCAGCGGGCGACACACAAAACUUUACCGAUAAUAUCCCUCCCGACGGGUGAAGACGGAUCCACAUCCGGCCGGGAGCAGCGGACCACCGGAGCGCGGAGCCGGACCGAGGACCACCGCGGGGAAGCAAUGCAUGCAUAGCAGCCCCGCCGUGACCGGAAUAACUGUGUGGAAACUGGAACAGUUUAAGCUCUCAGCCGGUUUAUUUCGCUCUCCUGCUCGGAGCCACUUUACAUCUCCAAAGCGAAGGCAUUUCAGAAGGAAGCCCGUCCACCAUGGUGCUGAUGCUGGCCUGUGCCGCCUGCCUGGUCCUGGCGCUGUCGGCCAGCGGUGACCCCUGCCUCAUCAUCAGCGAGAUCAACGCGGACAACCCCCGGCUGGACACCACCGAGUUCGUGGAGCUGUACCACACCGGCGGGCAGCGGGCGUCCCUGGACGGCUACACCCUCGUCUUCUACAACGGGAACGGGAACGUGGCCUACAAGGUGCUGGACCUCAAGGGCCACAGCACGGACGACAGGGGCUUCUUCCUGGUGGGCUCGGUGGACAUGCUGCCCAAACCGGCCAUCCUCCUGCCUCCGAACACGGUCCAGAAUGGCCCGGACGCCAUCGUCCUCUACCACACGUCCGCCGCUCGCUACAGCGAGAAGAUGAACGUCACCGCCGUCGGGAUGGUGGACGCCGUCGUCUACAUGACCCGCCGCACGGGCGGCGCCGAGCUCCUGGCCGAGAUACUGACGCCCGGGGAGCAGGCGUUUGUGGAGGACGAGACCACCCUGGAGGGGGACGAGUCCAUCGAGCGCUGUCUGCUGUCUGAGGACCGGUGGGGCUUCCAGGUGUCCUCGCCUUCCCCCGGUCAGCGGAACAACUGCACCCCUCCGGCCGCCGCAGCCACCAUCCCUUACAUCAACGAGCUGAAGCUGGGCGGAGGCCAGGUGGAGGGGUUCGUGGAGCUGACGGAGGCUCCGGGUCCCCUGGUGCUGGUGGUGUGGGACGGAAAGCUAGACCGAGUCAGCGUCGUUAUGGACGUAGAUGUGGACAGCUCCAGAAAUGGACUCAUCUCUGUGAACAUCGACAGGAACUACAUGAAAGGAGACGAGUCCGGGGCGGUGGCCGUCUACGCCGGCAGAGCCGCCGACUUCCCCGUGCACAGUCCGCUGAGCCAGACUCAGCCGUUAGAUGCCUUCGUGUUCGCCGGGCCUGGAAACAAGCCGAGCGCCAACCUCACGGAGACGCUCAUCCCCGGCAGGCAGCCUUACCAGCUGAGCAACAGCUUGAGGGAAGGAGGCUUCCACCUGAGCCGCUGUGGCGUGGCCACCUGGGCCAGAGACCCUGGCAUCUUCUGGGAAGCCCCACAGACCCCCGGGCAGCCCAACCAGUGCCCCUGGCCGAAGAUCUGCCCUCACAGUCUGGUGAUUCCAGGAGGCACGGAUUCGGCGCCUCACCUCCCGCCCUGGGGGAACAGCGACUUUCUGAUCAAUGAGCUGAACACCGACACGCCCGGGGCGGCUGAAGACGGCGAGUACAUCGAGCUGUGGCACCCGUCCGGCCGGAGAGUCUCGCUGCAGGGCAUCUGGAUACUUCUGUUCAGCGCACACAAUAACCAACCCUACAGGGAGAUCAGCCUGAGCGGACACUUCACCACCUCCAGAGGGUACUUCCUGCUGGGUAGCGACCGGCUGGUGCCGGCGCCGUCCCUGCGGCUGCCUCCCAACACCAUCCAGAACGGACCGGACGCCGUGGCGCUCUACCGCAGCCCCUUCGGCCCGCCGUCCGCCACGCAGAGGGGCAUCCCCACCAGAGGCCUGCUGGACGCGGUGGUGUACCGGCAGAGGGGGUCGGACGUGGAGGCGCAGGAGCUGAGCAAAGCCCUGACACCGGGGCAGCUGCCGCUGCUGGAGGACCCGGACGUCCUGCCCGGAGAUGAGUCCCUGAGCCGCUGCCGGGGCCUUUACCCCUACGACCUGUCCGCUUUCUCUGUGGCUCCACCCACGCCUCUGAGAGAGAACAGCUGCCCCCGCCCUCCGCCCGCCCCGAAGGACGUGCUCAUCAGCGAGGUGGCGAGCAGCCUCUGGACCAAUCACAGCCAGCAGAGGGCCUUCGUGGAGCUGCGGGGGCCUCCUCUGACCGACCUGCGAGGCCUGGUGCUGUCGGUGUUCGACCAGGAGCGCAGUGGGACGGUCAUCGCUCUGCCUCUGACCGGAUCCAUCGACCCGGAUGGAUUUUACGUGGUUGGAAACGUGUCCACUGCAGAUCAGAGCAUCCCCGAGGGCUCCACGGUGCCGGCUCGGGGGGCCGUGGUCCUCUGCUACGACCUGUUCAGCAUCUGCAGAGCCGGCGCCGCUCUGACCAACUCCAGCCUCAGAGACGUGCUGGUUUUCAGUGAGAGCCAGCAGCUGCUUUCCUCUCUGUCCGCCAGCAGAGGGAGACAAGUGAUCCCAGCUCUGAGGUCAGUGGAGGACGGCCCCGUGUCGCUCAGCCGGUGUUCGUGCUGCGAGGCGAGGAGCCCCUCCUCCUGGACCAGCUCCUCGCCGACGCCUCACGGCGCCAACGUGUGUCCCAGCUCCGCCUACUCCAGCCAGAUCGACCUGUGCCUCAGACCUCAGGCCAAAGACUGGCCGGAGCAGUCGGGAGAUUGCAGCAGCGUCAUUCACGGGCGACGGGUCGCCGAGGUGGCCGACUACUUGGAGCAGAAGUGUCACUGCGGCAUCUCUGCCUUGUAUCUCCGCGGAGCGAACUUCUCCUGUGUGUCCGGCUGGCUGCGGGUGUCGGGGAACAUCCACGCGCUGUCGGACCACCAGAAGGCCCUCAUCGUCCAGACGUCGCACAUGAACCACUCGUCCACUCGGGGGGACGCCUGCUCCUCUCCCACCACCGGCCUUUAUACAAGCACAGCCUCUGCCCUGGGGCUCCAGAUCGGGCUCUUCGUCGCAGUGCUCGUCCUGCUGGGUCUCGGAGCCGCUCUGUUUACUUACCUCUACAGGAGGAGGCGCCCUCUGGACUAUUACACCAUGGAGCUGAACGAACACGCAGAGGGCCUGUCGGAUCUAUAAUCCAGGCUUUGAGCCUGCUCCGAUCCCGCCUGCGUCCGUUGGAGCUCCUCAGCAGCGAGGGCGAGAGACGGAGUUCAGUCGCAGGCCUGACCUGCAGCGUGCAGCCGCCUUGAGAUGAACGCCACCAAGUGUCCUUCCCCGUGUGUCCGGAAGAGCGCCGAUGAAAAUCAUUUGCUUAAUCGCCUGCUAACGACGCGGCUGCACGCGGUGCGUGCCGUCUGUUAUUUCAUGGCCCCAUUUCCACACGAUCAGCCCAAAUUUUAAAGCCCAACAUAGUAUGGUAUUUUUCUAAGGAUGUGCAGCAGCUGCCCGCGAGCAGUGCUGGCAGUACUUAAAGGGAGAAGGAAGUUAAAAAAAGAAGAAUUCUGACUGGUCAUUUUUUUGGUGACUUCUUCAUUUUACUGUUUUUAAAACUUUGCUUAUGAUCAAUUUAACAACGGGUUGUACGACCACAAGUCCUUUCUGAAUUUCAGUUUUCUUGUUGUUUUUUUCCAUUCUUUCCCUAAAAUGGGUCGAUUUCCUGCUCUGUGUUCAAUCGACCUUAAACUGUGAAUUUUUGCUAACUCGUGUUGCCUGUCUUUAACCUCUUCUGUGUGCUUGCUAAAAGCAAGCUGUUUACAUAUCCUCAAUGGACAAAGUGUGAGAUUGAUGUAGUUUUUUUUUUUUUUUUUGUAUAGAUGCUCGCCUCUCCUGUGCCUUUGACCUGCGUGUUAUUUAAUCCACUGGUUUCUCACCUGCUACAGGAACAGUAAAGCCAUGAUUGCCCGAAUCCGAGAUAUGCAAGUGUUUGAUGGCAAUCUAAAAUGCUACUUUUUUUUUUAUAUUAUUUUUUUUUUUUUUAAUUCAGAUUAGCGUUUGGAAAAUUGACUUAAAGGGGACAUAUUAUGCUAUUUAUCAGUCAUGUCAUAUCGGUCUCAGAAGCCCAAAAACUUAGUGUUUAAAUUUGUUCACCCCAAAUUCAUCCUUUGUUCGGAGUUUCAGCAGUCUAAAGGAUGUCCUCCUCAGAACAGGCUGUUUCUGAUUCUGCUUCCCGAUAUGCACCUAAACGCAUCUGGCCACGCCCACGCUUACACACACACACACACACACACACACACACACACACACACACACACACACACGGUGGGGACACAGUCAGAGGGAGGAGUUAAAUUCGCUUAUUUCAGGAUAAGCGGACCCAACUCAAACUCGACUGUUCCGGCAGACAUUUUCACAAAAUGCGGUGUAGCAAGACAGGGAGGAAACAGACAAUUUUCAAAUUUGAACGUCAUAAUGAGGCGACGGCAACACAACAUACUACUAUAAGAAACUCCUCAAAGUGAAAAAAGCAUUAUAUGUUCCCUUUAAAGAGAUUGGACGACCUCGUCAUGUUGGAAUAUUUUCACUUUAUUUAAAAAGCCUUUGAAAUGAUUCCAGAAUGGCAUUUCUUUCUGUAGGAUUUGUGGUAAAAAUAGUCCAAUAAUCCAUUUUGAUGAAGACAUAAAUAAUCAUUCUUGAACUCAGAGAGGAAAAUGUAUUCUGGGAUUAUUUUCUGUCUUGAGAUCACUUUUUCCAACAUGGCACAAUCUCAUUGUUUCACUUCUGUUUCCUCUCAGAUGAAGCUACUGUUUGGUUUUAAGUAUGAAAAUAUCAAUGUUCCAAGUGGCAUAAAGCAAAAGUUGUUUUUUGGAACUGAACUUUUUCCUUGUGCUGUUUUUGUUUUUGAUGUAUUUCAUGGUGCAGAGAAAUGCCUGUCACGAUGAGACAUCUCCUGAUGUGUGGACUGUUGGUGAGAUAUCUCCGUCCCUCCGCUACGAGACGCAGGAAAAAAAAAAAAAACAAGUUAUUGCAACAUUUGUACUGAAAUCAUGUCUGUUUUUGUAACAUC